GUGGUUAGUCGGGUAUUGCGCGCGCUUUACUCUAGUUCUCAAUCUCAUGUAGAGGGUUUUGUGCGACGACGAUUAGUGCAUGCAUUGCAGAAUAUUUUCUGAAGCUGUGCAAUAAUGGAAGUUUUAACUGCAGCCUGAAGUGUCGGUUAGAUAUGAGCAAUUUCCAAUAGAAAGUUUCCUUGUUUAUUAUUAAAUUAAUUCAGUUAAUGGAACAAUGUGUGACCCCAUGACAAAGUGGAUGGCAUGGCCACGAUUCAUGCCAACUUAGGUGAAAAUUUUGAUUGUGUUGUCUUUUGAAACAAUCAAAUUGCUUUGUGUUCAACCAACAUUGCUCAUGUAUCACUAGCUUUGGUAACUGACCCACAGAAUUCACCCUGUUUUCAUUAGCUGAUAAUAAAUGGCACACCACAAUGAGUCCAUCUACUCAUUAGUGACCAGCACGAACUGACCUUAAAGGGAAUGUAGCCAGUAGAAUCUGGCAUCUGUUGGUAACAUCAAUCAAGCAGUCGCUAUGCCAGUUUUUAAUAAUGAAAAAGCCGACCUGCUAUACCAUUUCGCGAAAAUUCAGUGAGUCCCAGUCCAUUCAUUUCAUCCUGCCAGCUAGAGUCGUAGAUGCUGAUAGCUCCUAUUGCAGGUGAAUGUUCGUGAUAGCUGUUGUUCAUUGUAACGCGAGGUGAACGGACUUGGCCAAAUGAAGUGCGUCUAUUUUACGCCAAAUACGAGAAUUUACCCUCUGCAGGAUUCCCCGUACGCAUGACUCGCAGAAUAAGUUGAGGUGAGCUAUAGCCCCCAAAUAUAAAUGGCAUCCUUGCCUUUUCCAGUGCUUUGAUGUACAAUUGUGCCCAGUGGAAGCCGCUUUGGUCUUGCGCUUGUUACGAUGAACUCCUACUACCAGAAAUAUUGUCUUUACGUACGACAUCUCUUCCAAACUCCUGAUGCAUCAGCAAAAUUGUACGAUAGAUGGCUGUUUUGCAAACAUUUCCUCGGAAAUUUUCGUUCGACCCGCUGUGUCCAAGAAUAGAGGUCGUAAAAGUUGCUGUUUGCGUGAAAGCCUCGGAGCUGACAUUACAAACCUUCUAGCCCACAAGCCAAUCCUUUUUAGAUCAAUGCCAUUUCAGCAAGAUAGCAGACCAUCCGAGCAAGCGGAGGCAGCUGUUGCAUGCACAGCUGGAACAGCGCAUUUUCAGACAGAACAAUUUAUGUCUUCAAGAGUUGAACAUCAACGCCUUGAGUUUCCUACACUUUUUGCGUGGAUGACACCGUUCUUCACAAUCAUGGAAUAACGUGUUGCUGCAGGAGAAAGAGGAAUAAUUUGGACAAGAUCCAUGCAAAAUUCGGUGAAAAGGGAAAGCAUUGCUUCUGGAAACAGUCGAUUGGCAAUAGCUUUGCACCCAGCCAACUCUGCCCGUCUCAUCAAUUGCGUGUGAAUCGCUGACCCACGCAAAAUUUACACCACUUUCGUUAUCUGAUCAUAAGUGACGCACCAUAACGAGCCCGUCUACUCAUUAGGUUGCAGGACCAACUCUGUCUAUCUGGAUGUUAAGGGAUUCUAGCCAUUAAAAUUUUGCAUCUGUCGGCAACAGCGAUCAAGCAGUCGCUGAGCCAGUGAAAGAAUCAUAUCCUUUCAUUAUAAUCACACAAGCUGACCUACUAUAUUCUGUGAUAUAAUGGAGGGUGAGGAAAGGAGCCAUGGCUCUUUAAACGCUAUGCCCGCCACAUCAUCCCGUCGGUACGAAUCAUCGGAAGAUAUUUUUCCAGAGAUCCUCAGCUGGAUUCAGGAUGCAAAUACUGACCAGAAACUGGCUGAGAAUGCAGUCAGUCAUAUCAGUUCAAAGUUGGAACGGGCACUUAAUCCUUUAGAGACGACGGGCGUCGAAUCGCAAUACGUCAAGGCCGUCUUGACAACGUGGGCAGAGGCCAGUUUAAAAAGCGCAUUUAAUUACUUGGAGGAUGAAAGAACUGACCUUUGCAAAGAAAUGCCUAACAUCUUAGACGAACUGGAUUCCGUCAAUUCCGUCGAAGAUAUCGACGCCAAACUAAAUAAAGAAACAUCACAGCUUUGGACCUGGUUUGACGGAGGCCGCCUUUAUAUUCAACUGAUACUCGAACAGGAAAACUUGUUCAAAAACACGCCCCGAUUCGCCAUUCUUUUAAACCACUAUUUUAAUAAUGUGAAGAGAUGCUUCAUCAAUAAGGCCUUUGCCCGUUGCAAGGAUGACAUCAUCAACGACGGACUGAAUGGUUCAUCACUGAAAGAAUUCAUUUCAGCACUAACUGAUUUUUUGACCAACGCCAAUGAAGACAAAGAUUUACAAGAUGUUGUGAAGAAUCAUAUGCGUGAAAGCAAUGUAACAACAAGAAGUCGAAAGACAGAUGGGCAGGUCAUCAAAGACGGUCUGAAGGGUCUGUUGACGGAAGAAAACAUCUCGGAUGAAUUCGAUGAAAUGUUUAAAGAUUUUUUACAAGACGAAAGCAAUAUAGCGACGGGUAGCCAAGAAACAGACGGGCAAAAAUGCAAUGGAAUGAAAGAAUGGGUCAAAAAGCUUAUAGAAAUUGUGAGAAACGCGCUGCCUUCAAGUGACAGCAAAGAAAGUUUAAUCCCUGAAUGGCUACUGGGAUUUGAAUCAGCGUCAUCAGAAAUAAAAGAGUGGACCACAAAACUAGAAUUACUGAUCAGAGAGACAUGCGCGAAACUCAUGCUGCCUGAAACCGUAAUCGAAGUGAAACAACAGUAUGGAAGACAAGUCAUGUUCAUCAGUGGCGUUGCCGUUUUUGUUAGCAAAGAAUUGGAGAAAAUGAAAUCAAAAAAGAGAGACGUGGGAGAAAUACAAAUUGUCGGACAAACGUCCGUUCACAUCGACUGUGACUUGGAAAAUGAAAUUUGGCACGGCUUCAACGUGGGCAUCGUUACCGACAAACUUGUCGUUUGGGCAGAUGAUAAGGGCGAGAAUCGAAUAUGGGACGUAUCUGGAAGAUGUCCACGUUUCAAAUCAAGAAGAGAUUGGCAAGAUGCUGGCGAAAGUGGGGGUAAUGUUCAUAUUAAAUGCAAUGAAAUAAUCGGAGCUGACCGAUGGACGAUCGCAUCCAAUGGAGGAGACGGGGUUUCUGCUCUCAAGUGGUCUGAGAAAGAAUUUAAAAGAGUUUUCAGUCCCAUAUUGCCACCGGAUACGGAUAUGAAAAAAGAUAGAGGAGACGAGCAACAAGUUUCCGGCCGAUCGGAAAUAAAUGAUCUCUAUACAAAACUGGAGACAAAUAUGAGGAAAGAGUUCGGCAGUGAGGUGUCAAUCGAUUUUUCUACAAGGUCCACGAGGUUAAACGACGGCAGCAAAAUAACGUAUUCACUGUAUAAAAAUAAGAAGAAGAAACGACACACACUCAUUUUAUGCAAAGGAGCGGGUGUCGGACAAGGUGGCUACGGCGGAGACAUCAUCUUGGAAUUGUCGAAUAAAGAGCGUGGCGUCCCUCCCACUGGCAUGGAAAUGUACCAAGCAUUGGACUCGACAGGGGUUGUCUACAAGGCCACUGGUUCAGACGGCAAAAUGGAGCAAGCCAAUGGCGAUGUUGGUUUUAUUCACAAUGAAGAGAAAACCUCAAAAGGAAGUUACGUUGGAUUUGAAAUCGGCCAAAGUCUAAGAAUUCAACGCCACAAGAAAGAAGAGUUUAAAAAAGAUGAGGUUGCUUCGUAUGUUAGGUUUGAUGCUGGUGAUUUUUUAGGAGAUCGAUUUUAUGCAACAAUAGUCGAUGUACCAGAUGCUGUGCAGCAAGAAGAACAGGAUUUUUUUUCGCCGAUGGUAGCGAAGAAGAAAAAUGCCGUAAUUCGUCAGAGCCUCGUCGUUCAGUUGACAAAUAUAAAUGAGAGGAAGCAAAUAUUGGAAUCGCUCCGCAAAACGUUGAUGUCUGAUCUGUUGGAAGAAAAUCAGUCGCAAAAUGUCGACCAAUUGAUGGAAGAAAUUCGAAAUAAUGCGAUCCAAUUCGGUGAGCAAGUGGACCAGCAAUUGAAUCAAGAGAAGGUUGCACAUACCAAACCAGCACCUGUCGUCAGAAGCCGUGCAGCCCACGAAACAAAAGGUGAAGGGCCGAUCAACCUCCAGCUGGAGGAAGACGAAGAGAAAGGGCGGAGCAACCUCAAGCAUUAUGAUAAGCUAGAGCGUCACGGAGAGGAAGUGAAAAGGCUUUUCAAUCGAAUCGAAGAUAAAAGGAAGUCAGCGCUGAAAGCUAAUACAAAAGAAUGGACAGCAGAACGUAAAUUGAGAAAUUUCGAACCAAUAAAUGUCGCAUCACUAGCCGAAUAUUUCUAUGACUUCGAGUGCGUAUUACAGCACCUUCGUAAUGACAACACCUUCCAACUUCGUAACUACCAGAUUGAGGCAAUACUACAACUGAUCAUCGCCACCAGGGAAGAAAGCGAGAGAAGAUUAGCUGAAAUAUCGACUGGCGCAGGCAAGUCACUGAUUGUGGCAGCAUCAGCAAUUGCUCUUGCGCGUGGCCGUGGUUUUGAUGUGCACGUGAUAACCAGUAACGACUUGUUAGCAAUCCGUGACUCUAAUCUUUCAGUCGCAGAAGGAGGAUUGAAAGAUCUCUAUGAAUAUUUCAAUGUCCAGGUGGCAAACAACUGCAGUCAAUCUGAAGACGAUCGCAAAUUAAGUUACACUGCGAGAGUUGUUUACGGACAAUUGGCUAAUUUCCAGCGUGAUUUUUUACUGGACAAUUUAUACGGUCGUAACAUUCAUGGUAGUCCACACAUGAAAGCCAAAGUUGUCAUUAUUGACGAAGUGGAUUGCAUGUUGCUGGACCAAGGCAACAACACGCUUUACUUAUCACACGGCAUUCCCGGUAUGGAAUCUUUAGAAUCUUUGUACGUUUUCAUUUGGGAUGAAAUAUGCAACUCUCCCAUUAAUAAGACCAUCCCGGACUAUCGAAAACAAGUGAAGAAAUCCAUCAAAUCUAACGUGUUAUUUGACCUAUACGGCGUCAUAACUAAAGACGAUUUGAAAUGUUUUGUUCACGUGCCACCAAACGAUUCGGAAAAAGAUGCGCUCUGGGAUCAUUUAAUGAAGAAAAAAGUGAUUGACCGAAAUGGACGUCUACUAAUCGAUGAUGCCAACCAAAUGACAGAAGAAAAGAUCAACUAUACACCUAAGAAUGCGGCCAAAGAAACAAAUCUUAAUGCAAAAUUGGUUUUCUAUUUACGCAAAGUUGCUAAUCGCCUACGUCAAAUUCGAAUACCUGCCCAUCUACUCGACUUUGUUGACCGGCACUUGGACACUUGGCUGGAAAGCGCUUUUCAGGCCCUGGAUCUGCGGCCCGACGAGGACUACGUCAUUGAUCAAGAUCGAACAGACACCAGUCCUGAUCUCAAUCCGCAAGUGAUUAUUAUUGAUCCCGAUACUGGAACGGAUCAAACUUUGUCGCAAUGGGACGAAGCCUUGCACCAGUUCGUUCAGCUUAAGGAAGGAUGUAAAUUGACGCUGCAAACUCUCAAAGCUGUUUUCAUUUCAAAUGCCACGUACAUCAAUCAAUAUCCUUACAUUUAUGGUCUUUCGGGAACGCUGGGAUCCGAACAAGAAAAACAUUUUUUACAGGAUACGUUCAAGUCCACUUUCUACUACAAUCAUACGCACAUACCUAGACUUUUUGAACAAAAACUAGCCAAAGUCCUGUCGACCGAAAAUGAAUGGCUAGAUGCCAUCAUCAUGGAAACCAAAACUAUAAUGAAGGAAGGACGUUCAAUCAUCAUUUUUUGCAUGUCCAUCAAAAAUGUCAAUCUCGUCCAUCAACGUUUAAUAAAUUCCUUUCCUGAUCUGGUUAAAAAAAAUCGCCUUCAUCGCUACACGCGCGAUUAUGUGAAAUUUGCAUUCGAAAGAACAGAGCUGGACAUUAAGCAUGUUAUCGUUGCCACCAACUUGGCUGGACGAGGAACGGACAUAAAAAUCAGCCAAAAACUACGUGACAAUGGAGGAUUGCAUGUGUGUCUCAGUUAUUUCCCCGAGACUAAACGAAUAGAGGAACAAGCGAUGGGCCGUGCAGCUCGCAAUGGAGCACCUGGAAGUGGAAUCCUCAUUGCAUGCAAACCAAGUUCGUCCGAACGUUUGGCGCCUGACGAAAGGGAACCGAUAGAAAUAAUGAAAAAUGAGCGUGAAAUUCGAGAGAAACAACGCAUCGCUCGGAUGAAGGAAGAUUUUAAGUUUAUGAAAGAUCAGAUGGAAUUAAUUGAUCCGUUUUCAAAAUAUUAUACCAACCUCAAAGAACAACGGCGGAAGAAAAAUGACGGUGAUCAGAUAGUGAGUGCCAUCUGUGGAAGCGUGUUGGAUCAGUGGGCUCUGUGGCUGGACGAAAUGAACGAUUCCCCAUUAGAUGUGAAAAAAUAUUCAUAUUCAGAAAAAUUCAUCCCAAAAUUGAAAGCCGUCGAGCAAGACAAUUUGGAUAUCAGCCAAAUCGAGUGGAUGACACCAGCCCGCUUAGUUGUUGUUGCCAGACAUUUGGCUACGCGUCAUAAAAAGCCGGACCUCCCAAAGGCAGUCGAAAUUUUGGAAGAACUCAUCCAAUCGAAAGAUCGUCAUUUUUAUCCUGCCGCUUUCUACUAUCGCGCAUUCAUUCAUCUAAAGGAAAACUACGAAACAAACAAGAAUGAAUUCGUCAAAACAUUGCGUACGUGCGAAAAUGUGUUGAGCGAUCACAUCAACAUGCAAAUAUCGUUUUUUUCUACCGUCCAAACGACGAAAAGGAAAAUUGAUCAGCCGCUUUCGUUUUGUGUCGUCGACGGCUAUACGCAGCAGAAAGAGAACGUGAUUAAUGUGCUUCAAUAUUUCGUUGGUUCGGUUCGUUCAUUGCUGGGCACCGAUUGCUCCAUCGAAGACUUUGAAGCAGCAGGACAGUUGCCAAAAGAAAUGAAGGGAUUUUUCGAAAAAAAUUUAAAUAACUUUGAAAAAUGGAUUCAACGAGAAAUUCAUGAAAACUUCAAAGUUUUCCAGGAAAAAGACGUAAAGAACAAAGACCCAAAGAAUUUAACAAUUCCACCUGAAAAGGUGGAGGAAUACUUCAAGUUAUUGUUGGAGGGCGAGUCCAAAUGUAUUGGCCAUCAGCUGAAUGACGCCAGCACCAUACCGAGCUGGAAUUCUUUCUUCGAACGAAAUGCCAAAUCAAAUCGAGAACUGGCAAUUGAACGAAUAUCAAAUGUCUAUGGUGUCUGUGCAUUUACCUUGGAAAAAUCACUCGACCAAGCGGCCGAAACAGCCCUAAGCAAAGAGGCUAUUGAAGAAGCAAUAGAAAAGGAAAUGAAAGAGAAAUUUGAAAAAGACAAUUUGAUUCCUUGCACGAGGGAGUCGUUCUGGGCGAAAUUAGUUGAAACUGGGGCAUUGUAUAACAACCAAAAUUUCGUCGCCGUGGAUGAGGGCAACGUUGACACAUUCAACUUAAACCGCAAUGAAGCCAAAACAUUUCACUUUGAAGACAAAGAUUACGUCCUCUACAUUCCCAUUGAUGUAAACAGCAAGAACGGAGGAGAAAAGAAAACCUUUUUCACUCAAAAGUACGUUGAAGACACUCUUUAUGGUAAUCGUAUGAACAACACAAGUCGAGAUCAGUUACAGUUCAACAAGAUCGCCAAAGUUGAUGUUGUAAAACUCAAGUCAGUCGACCUGAAAUUAUUUGGCCAGUUGACUGACGAUGAUUUACGUAAGGCCGACAUCAGCCCGGCCGAACGGCAAGGAAUUAUGGACGAGUUGAAAAAGCAAGACUUUAUCGACGUCGACGGAAAUCUCUCAUCCAACUACAAUGGCCAAAUGUUUGAAUACCCAAACUGCCCUGCUUACGAAGAGACUGUCAUGCGUUUAGUGGGCAGCAAGUUGCGUGUCGAAAUAGUAAGACGACAGUGGCUGAAUAGACAAGACAAUUCGAUUCCUCUCGAAGUAAUCAACUUGUUGCCUUUGACACCUUGUCGAGAUAUGCUGGAUGAUUUGAUUGACGCCUACGUCAUUAGUGGCGGUGUCCGGGUGAAGGAAAUGAACGAACGGGUCCUCGAAAGAAAAGUGAAUGAAAUCACCAAAAAAGAGCACGAGCGCGAGUGUAUUUUGGAUUUCUUGAAAAGUCGGCAAGCAAUUUACGACGCAACUUGGUUGGCAAGUCAAGAGGCAGCGCUCGAUUUUAUCGACGGCGACAUCCGCAAGGUAAAAGCCAACACCUUCGAAAGCGAAUUGGGCCUUUUUCGUUCGAUUGGAUUCGAUCAUGUCAUUUACAUGAAGGAUCGCCAAAUGUCCAGAAAACAGAUGGUUUUGUCAUCCCUGUUUACACCGCUCAUUGUCAUCGGUGGAAUUGCCUCGAUUAGUGCUGGAGCUGUCUUGACUAUCUUUAGUAAAAUCUUGCCGUUGCGUGACGCGAAAGAUUUGCUUCUCAUGGGUGGUCUCUCUGACAUCAUCUUCGUCAUUACUUCUGCUUUAUCAAAUGACCCAAUCAGAUUUCCUGAUUAUGCGCGCCAGAGGAUCAGGGGCGCAUUAGGAAAAUCGAAUCUAGUAGACCAAGUCAAGACUCUUUGGAAGUUAUCGAGACCUGGAAAACUUGCUGGUAAUAACUUUAGACCUGCUGCUCGAUUGCAAAUGGACAGUUUUCACCAACGGCGAGUAAGAGAGAAGAAUCACGAAGCGGAUCAACGAGAGAUUGUCAACGCGUUACGUCAGCUCAAAAAACUAUCGACGAAUCCAAGUGACGAAGAUGGUAAUUCAGUUCAAUAGAUGGCGAACUCGUCCGGAAAACUUGCCUUUAAAACCAAAAGCGUUGGAUGUGGAAAAAUGGAUGUCAGUCGGAAGGGUGAUGGAAGUCGGAAUGAACUAGGCUACUACAUUUUCAAUAUCUAUUGCAGGUUAAAAGCAAUAUCUUUUUUAUUUUUAAUGGGCCGGAAACUAAGAUAACAGGUGUAGAAAUAGCAUUUUGGAAAAAGGUAUUUUAUAUUAUCAAUUGGGUUCCAUUAUAGCUUGUGUUAAUCAUUUUGGAAAUGGCAAUAUACAUGAAUUAAACUAA